AUGUCUAACGAAGAUGGCAUUUCUGUUUCCCCUGAUCCCAGGACGGACAGCAGGGCUUAUCCCUCAACUGGCUUAUACUUUCCACAAGGAUAUCCCUCCCCACACGAGUCGCAGGUCUCGCUACCGGUCUCCGACGCCACGAAUUCUUCUAAUAAGUACCGUAAAGCAUGCGAUGCUUGUCGAUUGAAAAAAAUUCGCUGUUUGGGAGAAAGACCGGUUUGUUCAAACUGUCAGAGUCUGAAUAUUGCUUGUGUUUACGGAGUUCGCAAAAAAAAACGUGUGGUUGCUACAGAAAACUCGGCCACUGGCUCUAACGUAAACAUUGAGAAACGACUUAUUCGUAUUGAAAGUAUGCUCCGUUCCGUCGUGAACUCGACUCAGCAUCUCAAUGCGGAUGCAGCAACCAAAUCGUUAGAGGAUAAUUUGGGUGAUGCCGAGUACGGACUUAACGAACCCUCGACAAUCGCAGAAAUUGACGAUGCCGCAUACACUGGCAACCACAAGCCCGGUGGAUUGUUUGACGGAUUUUAUAUGAAAGACUCUUUGGGCCGGGUUUACACAUUUUUGGCCCGUCCUCAUUUCUUUUGUUUUUAA